CAGAGUUGGCCUAAGAGAUACGCGAUUCUAAUGUAGCUUACUGAUAAAAAAAAGAAGAAGAGAUGCAUUUCUUCUGGCCAAGAACUCUUGCUCACCAUGGAACGAAAUCACACCCGAUGAAUGCAGUGCAAAGAUCAAAUUUUGCCUUGAGAAGAUCUGGCAUAACACAAUGGCUAGGAUCUUCAGGGAGCUGUAGACACUUACACACAAUUGCAAACCGACGAGCUUCUCCUUUGUUCACAUCAUUUGGAAGAUCGUCUUUGGUAAUCGGCAAAGAUGCAUCGGUCCAUUCUAGGCUUCAGCAGCUAAGGCACAACACUACAACGGAGACAAAAGCUCUUGAUCAGCCGGAAUCACAAAGAAUACCACCCAAAAGAUCUCUCGUAGACCAAUUACGACCUUAUGCAGCUCUGGCAAGAAUAGACAAACCAACGGGAACAUUGCUGCUAUUCCUACCUUGUACAUGGUCCUUAACGCUAGCCGCUCAUGCUCAUCACCUUCCGCCCGGUCAAUUGGCAUGGAACGUAUUCUUGUUCGGAUCAGGAGCAUUCAUAAUGCGUGGAGCAGGAUGCACGAUCAAUGAUAUGUGGGAUCGUAAAUUAGACGCAAACGUUACAAGAACAAAAGAUAGACCUUUGGCUUCAGGUGUAAUCAGUCCUUUUCAAGCUUUAUGUUUUACCGGUGUUCAACUUUCGGCUGGUUUGGCAAUCCUUUUACAGCUAAACAUGUAUAGUAUCGCCCUUGGCGCUUCUUCGCUGGCCUUGGUGGUAAUUUAUCCGUUCAUGAAAAGAAUUACUUAUUGGCCUCAAUUCGUUUUGGGCUUAGCAUUUAAUUGGGGAGCUCUUUUGGGUUGGUCAGCCAUGACAGGUUCAUUGCAAGGUGCAUCUCAAGUACUUUUACCAUUAUACCUUGGCAGCAUUUGCUGGACAUUGGUUUAUGAUACGAUAUAUGCACAUCAAGACAAAGUAGACGAUAUCACAGCGGGAAUCAAGAGUACAGCGCUUCUGUUUGGUCAAAAUACGAAACUCGUCUUGACGGCUUUCUCAACUGCAAUGCUUUCUUCGAUAGGUCUGGGAGUCAGUCGGUUAGAUUUGUCGAACCCAGUUCUGUUGAAUAUGUCAGCAAACACACUGCAAGAAUUCUUGACAACAGGACAUCCAUUCUUUACCGCUGCAUUGAUAACAAGCAUGGCUCAUCUCUUUUGGCAAAUAUCAACAGUUGAUCUAAACAGUCGCACAGAUUGUUGGAGUAAAUUCAGGAGUAAUACAAUUUUAGGUGCUAUCAUCUGGUUGGGUUUAAUUAUAGACUAUACUGUACAAGUUGAUUGGUCAGAAAAUGAAAAGGAAUAGAGGGGUAUGAAAGGGAUCGUGAAAAACAUGUAAAUAUUACACACUGCAAAAUUGAAACACAAAAGAAACAAUAUCAUAUGCCAGC